AUUUUCAUUUGAAGAAAAACUUGAAGCCCAAAUUACGUGGAACGGGUUUGAUGAUAAACAAACAAAUAAAGCCCAAAUUCGAUCCAGCCAAAAUCUUCUCUACGGUCUUCUUCUCUUCAUCGGCCAUCUCCUCACAAUUCUCCCGUCGGAAUCUUACUAUAUUUGUGAAGAGCUGCUGUUGUCAUGAGUGAAUCAUUCACUAUACAGAUCCACAGCAAUUUAGUUAAACAGCUUGCUGAUGAGGGUGAAAAAUUGAAGAAGAAAACGAGGAAGCCAAAAACAAAGAUACAAAGAGAAAACAAAGCAGCGCAGAAGCCAAUCUCUGGUGAUCCUGAUGUAGUGAAGGGGCCUGCUGCUACAGGAUGGCCUGUUCAGCCUCCUUUGUUCAUGCCAGUCCCUCCACCAACUCAUCCUGCUAUUGCAGAAUUAGAUGCUAUUCGAUCUGUGCUCAAAGAGAGCGAGAAAGUUGUGGAGAGGUUGCAGAAACAGGAGGAAAACAUGUUGCAAGAAGUGACAAAGAAGGCUAAGGAUCUACACGAUAAGGAGUUCAAACUUCCGAAUCAAAAGCCUAUCCCUUGCUUGGAUGAGAGAGAUGCUUGUUUUAAAUGCUACAAGGAACAUGAAAAGGACCCCCUAAAUUGUGCUAAUGUGGUUCAAAAUUUUGCAGAAUGCGCUCGCAGAGUUAAGCAGCAAGUCAGCCUGGCGGAUAAGUAGAUUUAGCUCGCGAAAGAUAUUUUACAAAGUGGUGGUCAUUUCACUUGGUGGAAAUAAAAAAAUGUAUUGUUUUAACCAUGUAGACUUGAAGAAGUUUAUGGUGGCUUUUUUUGGUCAUUUUUUCGUUAGCUUUUAAGUUGUGGAUGCAAAUGAUUGUGGGAUUUGCCAAAAUGAAAUUUUCCUAACAGGAUGUUAUUGCUUCUAACUGA